GAUCGCAUCAGGAUGGAAGAUAACAAAAUGUUUGUAUCGUAUUUUAAAAUAAAUAAUAUUCCUAUCAUGCCUCCAAUUAUUGAUCAAAAGUUGAGGGAUGAAAUUAAAAAUAUUCGUGAAAUUGUAAAAACAAAAGAAAAGAAAUGGCUUGAAAGAAAAGAAAUUAAAGAUCGUCAGAAUGCAGAAAAACAGAACAAUAAUGAUGAUCAUCAAAUUGAUUCUCGAUUAGGAUCAAUGGGGCCAAGAAGAGGAUCUUACAUCUUAAAUUCUCCAAUUUUUGCGUCAACUAUUCUACCUCAAAUAAACAUCGAAUCCUCAGAAUCUGAUAAGGAUACAGUUGUUGAUGGUCAGAUAUCGCUCAUGACAGAAGAUACAGACUUAAUAAGUCUUAAAACUUCCAAAGAUUUACAAAAUGAGAUUGACAAAAGAUCUGGAACUCCAGCUUCGUCUGCUUUUGAAUCCAUAGAAGCGGAAGUAAAUAAUCAACUGAGAGAUCUCAUCGAUAAACAAAAGCGAGAAUAUUUACAAGCAAUGGAAGUUUUGAAGAACAAGUUCAAAAGUGAACAACAGCAACUUUUGUUGAAACUACAAACUGAUAUGAUUCCAGUUACUUCCACUCCUAUGGAAAACAAUUCAUUGAUGACUUGUACUGAUGACGAGGAAUUUACUAAUUUUAAAACAUGUCUACAAACUCAAAGUAGUCUUGAAGAGAAAACAAUCACAAAUGAAAACGAUGUUAAGAUUGAAGCAGCAAACAUCAUCAACGCUUAUACGCGUGGCUAUUUGACGAGAAGAUUAAUGCAAACUCUUUACGUCCAAGAUCAUAUUAGAAAUAUUAAAGAAACUCUUCAUCUUGUUGUGGAUUUGCAAAAUCGAGACGAAGAAGAAAGUCCAAUGCAAAACAAUCUUCUGAAACUUUUCCAACAACUACAAACUGACUUACUUAAGUUCCAUGAAAUAUUUUUCAAUUAUUCUAUAAAAGAUAAAAUGAAAGUUAUCUCAAUUGAUCGUGACAUGAAGUUGAAAAAAGCUGUUGAAGAGAAUGAUGAACAUUUAAGUCUAAGUUUUACCGAAUAUUUAUGA